AUGACUUUAGUGCAAAGUGCAAAUCAUCAAAAUGUCUCUCGUCAUGAGAAGUUCCAGCACAUUCUUCGUAUCAUGAAUACGAACAUCGAUGGUAAGCGCAAGGUAGGAAUUGCCAUGACUGCCAUCAAGGGUGUGGGUCGCCGUUACUCCAACAUUGUGUUGAAGAAGGCCGAUGUCGAUUUGACCAAGCGUGCCGGUGAGUGCACCGAGGAGGAGGUUGACAAGGUGGUGACCAUCAUCACAAACCCUCUGCAAUACAAAGUGCCCAACUGGUUCCUUAACAGACAAAAGGACAUCAUUGAUGGCAAAUACUCGCAGCUGACAUCCUCCAACUUGGAUUCCAAGCUCCGUGAUGAUUUGGAGCGCUUGAAGAAGAUCCGCUCCCAUCGCGGUCUGCGUCACUACUGGGGUCUGCGUGUCCGUGGUCAGCACACCAAGACAACUGGUCGUCGUGGUCGCACUGUCGGUGUGUCCAAGAAGAAGUAAGCU